CACUUCGAGACAUGGAGUCAUCGUUUCCGUUUGGGGUGACGCUGGCUGUGCUGGCCUUCCUUAUCAUCACAGCAAAUGUACUAGUUGCUGUGGCUGUGCUCUUUUUGAUACACAAGAAUGAUGGUGCCAGUCUCUGCUUCACCUUGAACCUGGCUGUGGCUGAUACCUUGCUCGGAGUGGCCAUCUCUGGCCUAGUCACAGACCAGCUCUCCAGCCCUGCUCGGCCCACGCAGAAGACCCUGUGCAGCCUCCGGAUGGCAUUCGUCACUUCCUCUGCAGCUGCCUCGGUCCUCACCGUCAUGCUGAUUGCAUUUGACAGGUACCUCGCCAUCAAGCAGCCCCUGCGCUACGUGCAGAUCAUGAGUGGGCUCGUGGCCGGGGCCUGCAUUGUGGGGCUGUGGCUGCUGUCUUACCUCAUCGGCUUCCUCCCGCUGGGAGUCCCCGUGUUCCAGCAGACCACCUACCAGGGGCCCUGCAGCUUCUUCGCAGUGUUUCACCCUCUGUAUGUGCUGACCCUCUCCUGCGCAGGCUUCUUCCCAGCUCUGCUCCUCUUUGUCUUCUUCUACUGCGACAUCCUCAAGAUUGCCUCCAUGCACAAUCAGCAAAUCCGAAAGAUGGAACACGCAGGAGCGACAUCUGGAGCUUACCGGCCCCCUCGGACUCCCAGUGACUUCAAGGCCAUUCGCACGGUGGCCAUUCUCAUUGGGAGCUUUACUCUGUCCUGGACCCCAUUCCUGAUCACUGGCAUUGUGCAGGUGGCCUGCCAGCAGUGCCACCUCUACCUGGUGCUGGAACGGUACUUGUGGCUACUCGGUGUGGGCAACUCCCUGCUCAACCCACUCCUCUAUGCCUACUGGCAGAAAGAGGUGCGACAGCAGCUCUACCAGAUGGCCCUGGGCACCAAGAAAGGGCUCGCCUCACUUCUCCUCCUCCUCUCAGCCAGGGAUGGUGGCCCAGAGGGCUCCAGGGAAAGUUCCUGUCGUAUCGCCACUAUCUCCCACUCACAGCUUCAUAGCUAACACGGUAAGGGUGGUGAAGUUUCCAAGUGCCUUUCCCACCCCACUUGCCC